AUGGACAGAGACAGAGACAGUGAGGCCGAGACCGAGAGGAGAGACACAAUGGGAAAGAGAGAAACUGGCAGACCAAGAGACAAGGAGAGAUGGAGACACAGGGAGUUUUGCGCUGAGCCCCAGUUCAUCUGUGAGGACAUGAGCCGAACAGACGUGUGUCAGGGGCGCCUAGGGAACUGCUGGUUUCUUGCAGCCGCUGCCUCCCUCACUCUGUAUCCCCGUCUCCUGUGCCGGGUGGUCGCCCCUGGACAGAGUUUCCAAGAUGGCUAUGCGGGUGUCUUCCACUUCCAGCUCUGGCAGUUUGGCUCCUGGGUGGACGUCGUGGUGGACGACAGGCUGCCCGUGCGUGAGGGGAAGCUGAUGUUCGUGCGCUCGCAUCAGCGGAACGAGUUCUGGGCCCCGCUGUUGGAGAAGGCCUAUGCCAAGCUCCACAGCUCCUAUGAAGUGAUGCGAGGCGGCCACAUGAAUGAGGCUUUCGUGGACUUCACGGGUGGCGUGGGCGAGGUGAUCUACCUGAGGCAAGACAUCCCAGGCCUCUUCUCUGCCGUGCGCCGUGCCCUGGCCAAGGAGUCCCUCGUGGGUGCCACCGCCCUGGUGAGAUACCGCACGGAAGACGGGCUGGUGAAGGGACAUGCGUACUCAGUCACGGGCACGUACAAGGUGACCCUGGGCUUCACCAAGGUGCGGCUGCUGAGGCUUCGGAACCCAUGGGGCCGUGUGGAGUGGACCGGGGCCUGGAGCGACAGCUGCCCGCGCUGGGAUGCGCUCCCUGCAGAGUGGCGCGAUGCCCUGCUGGUGAAAAAGGAGGAUGGCGAGUUCUGGAUGGAACUGAAGGACUUCCUCUGCCACUUCAACACCGUGCAGAUCUGCUCGCUGAGCCCUGAGGUGCUGGGCCCCAGCCCGGCAGGAGGCGGCUGGCACAUCCACACCUUCCAAGGCCGCUGGGUGCGUGGCUUCAACUCAGGCGGGAGCCAGCCUGGCGCCGAAACCUUCUGGACCAACCCCCAGUUCCGACUGACACUGCUGGAGCCUGAUGAGGAGGAGGAGGAUGAUGAGGAGGGGCCCUGGGGGGGCUGGGGGGCAGCAGGAGCGUGGGGCCCCGCGAGGGGGGGGCGCAUCCCCAAGUGCACUGUGCUUCUGUCACUCAUCCAGCGCAACCGGCGGCGACUGAGGGCCCAGGGCCUCACUUACCUCACCGUGGGCUUCCACGUGUUCCAGAUCCCAGAGGAGCUGCUGGGCCUGUGGGACUCCCCGCGCAGCCGCGAGCUCCUGCCGGGCCUGCUGCGUGCCGACCGCUCGCCCUUCUGCGCCCGCCGCGACGUGAGCCGCCGCUGCCGCCUGCGCCCCGGCCACUACCUGGUGGUGCCCAGCGCCGCCCGGGCCGGCGACGAGGCCGACUUCACGCUGCGCGUCUUCUCGGAGCGCCGCCACACGGCCGUGGAGAUCGAUGACGUCAUCAGCGCCGACCUGCAUGCCCUCAUGGUCCCCUACGUUCCCCUGGAGCUGGGGUUAGAGCAGCUGUUUCAGGAGCUGGCAGGAGAGGAGGAAGCACUCAGCGCUUCUCAGCUCCAGACCCUAUUAAGCAUUGCCCUGGAGCCUGCCAGGGCCCAUGCCCAGACCCCUGGAGAGAUCGGGCUCAGGACCUGUGAGCAGCUGCUGCGCUGUUUUGGGAACGGACAGAGCUUCACCCUGCACCACUUCCAGGAGCUCUGGGGCCAUCUCCUGGAGUGGCAGGCCACAUUCGACAAGUUUGACGAGGACGCCUCCGGAACCAUGAACUCCUACGAGCUGAGGCUGGCGCUGAAUGCGGCAGGUUUCCACCUGAACAACCAGCUGACCCAGGCCCUCACGAGCCGCUACCGGGACAGCCGCCUGCGGGUGGACUUCGAGUGCUUCGUGUCCUGUGCAGCCCAGCUCACCUGCAUCUUCCGCCACUGCAGCCGGCACCUGGAAGGAGGGGAGGGGGUCGUCUGCCUGACCCGCAGACAGUGGGUGGAGCUGGCCACCUUCGUCUAGAAUCUCUCUGCCUGGAACACCUGUGGCCGGAGGCAGACGCAUGCCAGGAGGACCGCCUUUCUCCUCUCCCAGCCGGGACUGGGGUUUAUUCCACAGGGAGGGGGGGUCUGAGCACCAGCACACCCUCCGCCUCUCUGCCUGGCACGU